CAGAAAAAAAAAGAGAAGAAAAAGCUGAAAAGCCAUACUGGCGCCUCCAUUUUCAAAGUGGACUACCUUUCUCCCACACGAGCCGAGCUCCGAGCUGUGCGUACGCAGUACUACUACGCAUAGAGGUAAAUCAAUUGGUUGUUCGAUUGCUAAGCUUUAGGGUUUCUGUGAAUCGCGAAGAGGAGGAGAAUGAUUCUCAGAACGCCACCAUUGCGGAAGCGAAGGGCGGAGUCGGAGGCGAAGCCGGUGGAGGAGAACAGCCCCAUUUCGAACCGUCAGCAGCUGGUAAUCUAUGAGGAUGAUCCUUCGGCGCCGGAAUCUUCUCACGAUCAUCCUUUCACCUCCGAACAGAUGCUCUGCACGUAUCAAUGCCGUCAAAUGGUGAAAUCAGAGUUUCUGGAUGCCUUAAGCAGUGCAGAAAAGCAAGCGCAGGAUUAUCAGUCCAAAUUUGAAGCUUUAAAUGAUGAAUUGCGCAAAGCUGAUGCUGAAAGGAAGAAAUUUCGUGAUCAAUUCCUCUAUGCUGAACAAGAACUGGCUGCUGCUAAAAGGCGUGAAGAAUCACUGCAGGAACAGCUCUUGAAGGAGGUUGAUUCAUCUGAGGAACGACUUAGAAAGCAACUGCAGUUAUACAAUGAACUUGAGGUGAAGUUCCAACAUGAGACAAAUCUUCGUGCAAAAGCAGAGUCUGCAGCAGCUGCAGCAGAAGAAAAAGCAAGCCACUGUGAGAGGGAAUUCAGCAGUUUGUCUGAUAGAAUAGAAAGAGAGAAAAGUCGCCUGCAUAAUGAACUUGAACAGCUAAAAUCAGAAUCCAAAACUUCUGUCUCUAGAAUAAGUAAAAAUUUUGAAAGAAUGGAGUGCAGAGCUGUCAAUGCUGAAAAGGAGUCAGUCUUGUUAAAGGAACAGAUGGAAGAACUUAGAGUGCGACUCAAAGAGUGCAUGGAACAAAAAAGUGAAAUGGAGAAGAAGUUGUCAAGUAUCACAUUUCCAGAAGGUUCUUCUGCAGAUAACAAUAUCUUGGUUAAGCAUUUGCAAGAAGAACUAAGGAACUAUGAGGCUGAAGUGCGUGAAGCCAGAAAGUUAAAAUCAUCUCAUGAAAACAUUGAAUUGUUGAAGGAAAAAUUACUUGAAGAAAAGGGUCGGAGGGAUAGGGCAGAGGCGGAUUUACUUAAAUUAGCAGAUAUUCAGCUGACUGUUAAAAAGCUUGAGGAUGAAUUGUCUACAUGGAAAUCAAUGGUGCUAGAAAUCCCUGGCGUCUCAUGUGCUGAUGAUAUACCUCGUAAAUUUGCCUCUCUACAGAAAGAGGUUCUUGAUAGCAUGAUAAAAAUGGGAGAGGCUCAGGCAAGUUUGAAACAAAUGGAGGUUGCUUUGGACAAUGCAAAGCUUGAUAAAAGCAACGCAGAAGCUGAGGUUAACCUGGCAAAGGAGAAGGCAGAAAUAUUGAAGUCAGAGUUGAAGAGGACUGAAUUGAUGCUUGCUUCUGUUUCUGAGGAAAGAGACCGAUUAAAACAUAUUGUUGAAGAGCCAAGGACACAAAAGAGCGUGGAUACUGGCAUUGAGGUCUCAGGUGGAAAAGUUGUUCAGGAGCUUGAAUUAUCUCUUGCUAAGAAGGAAAACAUUAUAAAGGAACUAGAGAGCAGUUUAUCUGAACAAAAGGAAGUUAAUGGUCGUCAGCUUAAUGAACUGAAGUUACUGAAUGACAGGCUGAGUAGUGAAGCAAGGAGAAUAAAGUCAUUAGAGAGGGAGGGUGACCGUUUACGAUCUGAGAUUGCUCUAUUGGAAUCCAAGCUGGGGCACGGUGAUUAUUCAUCAGCGAACACAAAAGUUCUGCGAAUGGUUAACACCCUGGGAGUUGAUAAUGAAACAAAACAAACUAUAGAGGCUCUGCAGAAUGAGUUGCAGAAGACUAAGGAGAAGUUACAGGCCGUUGAAGAAUUGAAGAAACAAUCGGAUUAUCCAGCAGAUGCUGGAACACUGGUUGACUCUUAUAUUUCUGGAAAGAUUCUGCAGCUCAAAGAGCAAGUUGCAACACUAGAGAAACGGGAAGAGAGAUACAAGACAGUUUUUGCUGAUAGAAUCUCAGUCUUCAGAAGGGCCUGCUGUGAACUUUUUGGGUACAAGAUUGUGAUGGAUGAUCACCAGCGUGCAGAUGGAAUUCCAGUGACACACUUUACACUUCAAUCUAUCUAUGCUCAAAGUGAUGAUGAAAAACUUGAGUUUGAAUAUGAAUCUGGGAAUACAAACAUUUUGGCAAAUCAAUACACCUUGCAGGCGGAUAUAUCUCGUCAGGUUGAAAUAUUUGUUCGUAAGAUGAACUCGAUUCCUGCUUUCACAGCAAACUUGACUGUGGAGUCUUUCAACAAACGAACUUUGUCUUGAAUUUACAAUAUGGUUGUCUUCUUUUUGGUGUAAACAGCCUAGACAAGAGAAAACAGCUUUAUGCACCAGCAACUUAAAAGCGUGAAUAGAAGAAAAAGUAAAGUGGUCACAAUUUUCUGUUAAUUUGAUGUAUUAAAUGUAUCACGCCAGGAACUUUAACAUGAUUGGUGCCAUAGUUCUGCACGACUGAUGGCUUGUUUCAAUGUGCAUGUGACCACCACUGGAGAUUUUCUCUCAGACGACAUAAACCUUUCUUGAUCUUCUAUUUAAAGAAAUGAACGUGUGGGCACAGCUUAUCAGUAGUCCACACAUUAUUUUUCA